AUGAUGACCCCGUGCGUUCGAGUCGUUCAUUCAGUUUGGACGGGGCGGAUCGAAAGAAAGCGGACCCGUUGGACUGGAUAUUCGACCCUCUCGCCCUUCGACGCCUCCAAGGGGCUUAGGUUUUGUAACGGUACAACGUCGCCCGGCGGCCGUCGUUUCGGCCGCGACCCGUUUGCGAUUUAUAAGGCGCUCCACGCGACCGCUUUUUGCGCGGCCCCCGACGUCUGGGAAUCCGCGACAAAGGGCGGGCGCGGAUUCCGCCGCUCCGGACGAAUUCGCACCGAAUCGAGUGGGAGAACUUUAGCGGGCGUCGCGACGUCUCUCGCGUCCGACACGCGUCACACGCCCCGUCGU